CGUUUGAUCGCGAUAUCUUCAACGAAAUGGGAGAGAUCGGGUUGCUGGGUGCUACAUUGGAAGGUUACGGCUGUGCCGGUGCUUCGUCCGUGGCGUAUGGUCUCAUUGCUCGUGAGGUGGAGCGUGUGGAUAGCGGCUAUCGUUCGGCCAUGUCUGUACAGUCGUCGCUGGUCAUGUUCCCCAUCUACAAGUUCGGUACCCCGGAAGUCAAAGACAAGUUCCUGCCGAAAUUGGCGUCCGGUGAGAUUGUGGGCUGUUUCGGCCUGACUGAGCCUAACCACGGGUCAGACCCCAGUGGCAUGGAGACCAAGGCCAAGAAGGUGGAUGGCGGUUACCAAUUGAACGGAGCCAAGACCUGGAUCACCAACUCACCCAUAGCCGAUGUUUUUGUGGUGUGGGCGAAACUCGACGGCGAGAUCCGAGGAUUCGUGCUGGAGAAGGGGAUGAAGGGAUUGUCCGCUCCUAAGAUUGAGGGCAAGUUCUCUCUGCGUGCUUCCGUGACUGGUUCCAUUGUUAUGGAGGAUGUCUUCGUGCCUGAGGCGCACUUGUUCCCGGAGGUCAAGGGCCUCAAGGGCCCGUUCCACUGUCUGUCUAAUGCGCGAUACGGCAUCUCGUGGGGUGCGUUGGGUGCGGCGGAGUUCUGUUUGGCUCAGGCGAGACAGUACACCAUGGACCGUAAGCAGUUCGGUGUGCCGCUAGCACGCAACCAGAUAGUGCAGCUGAAGAUGGCGGAUAUGCUGACGGAGAUUUCCGUGGGGCUACAGGCGUGCCUGCAAGUGGGACGACUAAAGGACGAGGGCAAGUGUGCCACAGACAUGAUCAGCAUGGUGAAGCGUAACUCGUGUGGGAAAGCCUUGAACAUAGCACGUACCGCUCGGGAUAUGUUGGGCGGCAACGGUAUCAGUGACGAAUACCAUAUCAUCAGACAUGUGAUGAACCUAGAGGCAGUCAACACGUACGAAGGAACACACGAUAUCCAUGCACUGAUCCUCGGCCGAGGAAUCACGGGCCUACCUGCGUUCAAAGCAAUUGAUUAAAAAACCCAAAGUUUAUGAGGAUGUCACGUGAAAAACCUAGUUCAUGAGGAUGUCCGGGAUAAGUAAACGCGAGAGGAGCGACAUAGUCGAACAGACAUCUGCUCUUGGGUUGACUGGGUGGUCAUACUCUUGAGAUGCACAUCGAAAUAGAGAAGUUGUAACUGCUUAGCGAAUAAAAUUAUUCUGGAUGAUACCUAGAUAAAGCAAAUUAUGUAUAUACACA